AACUGUUUAAACUAUGUGUGUAUUUCACAUUGGAAGGACUUUUUGGGUUUUUUCCUCAAGAAGUUUACAAUUAACAUGUUUAAAAUAAAGAAAUGGGUUCACCGGAUAUUUAGUUCAUUACUUAAAGCCGAUCGAAGUCUUUUGUUAUACGCAGAUAUAUUUAUUUUUUUGUGACGCAAUAACUUCAUAUUAAAUAAUCAAAACAAAAAAUCAUAAACUACAUAUAUAAAUCUAAAAAAAAAAAAAAAUCUGCGAUCUUCUUUUAAAAUAUAUAUAGAAUAUAUAUAUGUAUAUUUAGAUGUGUUAUGUUUUAUGAGUUUUCAACUAAGUUAUACAUAUUAAAGGUGCUUGCAUAUUCGAACCUAAGUGAGAUAUCUAUCGUUCGUGCGAAAUUGUGUGAUGUUAAAUUUACUUUUUUAAAUGUAAAUUAUAUAAAUUAUAAAAGGAUGAAUAAUAAAUAUGAAUGAACAUUUCGUACAGUGCUUACAAAAUUGAAAGAAAGUGAAGGAGAUUAUACAUAACUUACAUAUGUAUUCGUGCGAAAAUAUCGGUUAAUAGAAAAUGAAAGGAAUUACAUAAUCAACUACAAUUCGUAACACUCAAUAAAUUUAUGGGUUAUCCUACGAAACGUACCUGUGUAAUGUUAAUAAAAAUAUAAAAUAUAUAUUUAAUAAAGCUUUGUAAAUAAAAUAGUGCACAAAUUAAAAAUAAUAUAAUAUCCACAGUUAAUACAAAUUUAAUAUCAAUACAAAAAAAGAAAAAAAAAAACAAAAUCAAGAACUUAUGUAACUAAAGUAGCAAAUACGUACAUAUACAUGGAAUGGUGAAAAAAAAAAUCCUUUUCAGAGCAAAAUAUUGAAAUCAAUUCAGUUUAUUUUUCUAAGCAAAGACAUUUAAACAAAAAAAAAUAAACAACAUUAAUUUUUUGUUUCCCCUGAAUAAAGUUCUAAUGUACAUAGUAAGGAAGGAAAACAAGUUCCGCAGUUCAGGAAGUCUCUUAUUGUGCCUAUAAGUCAUAGAAAAAAAAUUGCAUACUUACAUAUAUAAAUAUAAAUUAUAUAUAUAAUUGUUACAUUGGGUGGAAAAUAGAGACCAUUCUAUGUAUAUAAAUUAAUAUACCUAUGCUGUUAGGCUUAUUAAUAAUCGAAUUAGCCGUGUUAAUUAGCUUGAUAGUAGAGAGUUCAUAUAAAAUAUAUUUUGCCCACCAACAUCACAAAUGAAUCCUAUGGGAAUAAUCUAUCAAUAGAUACAAGACAAACCAAAAAAAAAAAAAAAAUAACACAUUAUUUUAUUUUUGUUUUAAAACAAAAAUAAUCCCUAAGUACCAUUUUGCAAUGCAUGUAAAAAAUUAUCAACGAAGAGUCAGUGGACCUGGAGCUUUUGGGACUUUCAGUGAAUCGUGCGGAGAAAAUUCGAACGAUCAGCAACAAAAUUUGAGUCAUCACUUGCUACGGCAGUCUCUGAUUAACCUCACUAGCGCACACAACAGUAACAGUCACAACAUAAGUAAUAUAAGCAAAACCCUAAACUUACAAAAAUCGAUAUCGUGUAGCUGUGAUUCUCUUAAAUGUGCGGCGCGAAAUAUCAACCGAAUAAGUUUGAGGAACGUUGACGACGGCGACGACAGUGAAUCCCUAUUAUACGAUCAUCAUCAUCAUAUCGCCAACACCAGCAAUACUCCCGGUUCAUAUCUGACCAGUAGUAGUGUAUAUCAUGAUGAUCCUCCAUCCGUUGGAGCACUCGAUCACAAUGCUACCGGAAAACAAUAUUCAUAUGAUAGUUAUUACAAUGGCCAAUCAAGUAACAAACACCGCUUGGAUUGUACAAGUAUUGUAAAUAGUAAUAGUAGUCAUAAUAGUUGUGGCACUGGCAGUAACAGUGCUGUUGUCGUUGGGGACGAUCAAAGAAAUAAUUUCCCCGAUUUCCAUUGUGCUGAUAGUAAUGUAUAUUCAUAUAGUGGUUUUAAGAAAAUAGUUGCUCAUAAUUUCAGUAAUUCUGAUCCAAUAACGCGUUAUAGCCAUAUAGAUGAUAGCCAUCAUUUGAUGCUAAAAAGUCAUUACAGUGAUUGCAAUAUAUACGGAAAAGAAAACUCGGCGCUAAAAAGUGAAUACAACACAAAUAGUAGUAGCAACUACUGUUCAAGUAGUAAAAACAACCAUCCGUUGGUAAGUAAUAAAACAUACAUAUUUAAGUGCAUUGCAAAUAGUCCAUCGUUUUUGAAAAACAAUAAAAUAAAGGAGCAUUCGAAAAAGUUACGUAACUUCUCGCUCAAGGCUGCUGGCAACGUGAAAAAGAAAAAUCAAAUUAAAGUCAAAUCGAAUGCAGUGUCUGAUAAUUCGUUGCAUCCCAGUGAUAAAUAUUUAAAUCAAUAUCUAGACGAGAAGAAAAGUUCACAUCACGGUACAACACAGCAACAACAACAGCAGCAACAACAACAACAACAGCAGCCAUCAGGUUUAUCUACAGGCUCGCUAUCUUUAUCGGCAAUUAGACCGUUAAUAGCUAAUGGAUCUGUUAAAACAUAUCCAACAUAUCGACCUCGUGUAAGGACAGACUCUAAAGACACCCUCUGCCGGAACAAACGCACAAAAAUUAACAAAAGCUGCAACCUUGCAUGCGAACAACACAAUCUUACCUGCAGAACAACAAACAACACAACAAAUCUGAAUUUAUCACCGAAAAAUUCACUCUCUAGUAAUGGACACCUUAAUAAACUCUGCUUAACAGAUAUAACAAGACGAAAGGCGGAAUUCAAUCGACAGCUAAGUGCGCCAACAGAUUACUCCCGAACAACAGCGACUGCGACGGGUUCUAUUAAGGCGUCUUUGCAAAAUUGUUCCUCAUCGAAGCAGUCAUCAGUAUCCUGCACAAAUAGUUUCAAUAGAAAAACAAAUAAAAAGCACAAGAAUUACAAACUUAAUGACAGAUUGCUAUGUGGUGACAGUGAAGAAUCAGUUCGAUGUUCUUAUUGCUCAACUCUAAACGAAAACGAUUUAAGAAUUUCGUUUGAAAAUACUUGCACUGAUUCUUUAGUGACCGCUUUCGAUGAUGAAGCUCUUCUAAUAUGCGACCAAGGAAGCGAAAUGGUGCACUUUGACGACGUUUCUCUUUAUGGGACCCCUAAAGAGGAGCCAAUGCCUUCCAUUCCAGUAGUUUCGGAAAAAGUUUCAGCGAAUUUCUUAAAAAGUCAAUUGCAAUCAUGGUUCCAGCCAACCGACAAUCGGCUUGCCAUGAAACUUUUUGGCAGCCGAAAAGCAUUGGUAAAAGAAAGAAUAAGACAAAAGACCUCGGGACAUUGGGUUAUUCAUCCCUGCAGUUCAUUUAGAUUUUACUGGGACCUUUGUAUGCUUCUACUGCUAGUAGCGAAUCUUAUUAUCCUGCCAGUUGCUAUAUCAUUCUUUAAUGAUGAUUUGAGCACACGAUGGAUUGCCUUUAACUGCCUAAGUGAUACUAUUUUUUUAAUAGACAUCGUAGUCAAUUUUAGAACUGGAAUUAUGCAACAAGACAACGCGGAGCAGGUGAUUUUGGACCCCAAGCUUAUCGCUAAACACUAUUUAAAAACAUGGUUUUUUCUUGAUUUGAUUUCUUCAAUCCCGCUUGAUUAUAUCUUUUUAAUUUUUAAUCAAAUUAUGAAAUUGCAGGAUUUUUCUGACUCAUUCCAAAUCCUGCAUGCCGGCCGGGCGCUACGAAUACUUCGCUUGGCCAAGCUUUUAUCCUUAGUUAGACUGUUGAGACUGUCAAGGCUAGUCAGAUAUGUGUCGCAGUGGGAAGAAGUAUAUAUUCUGCAGAAUCUACAAAAAAAAAGUGCUGAUCGAAGAGGGAGAAUGCACAGAAAAGACAAAGAUGGCUUAACAAAAAGCAACCUCAUUUUGAAGUUUCUUAAUAUGGCAUCUGUAUUUAUGCGAAUCUUCAAUUUAAUUUGUAUGAUGCUACUAAUAGGCCAUUGGAGUGGUUGUCUACAGUUUUUAGUGCCAAUGCUUCAAGGAUUUCCAUCAAACUCUUGGGUUUCAAUAAACGAACUACAGGAGUCAUAUUGGCUGGAACAGUAUUCUUGGGCGUUAUUUAAAGCGAUGUCUCACAUGCUUUGUAUAGGUUAUGGAAGAUUCCCACCGCAGUCAUUGACGGAUAUGUGGCUAACUAUGCUUUCAAUGAUAUCUGGAGCGACGUGUUAUGCCUUAUUUCUAGGUCACGCUACGAAUUUAAUCCAAAGUUUAGACUCAAGUAGACGUCAAUACAGAGAAAAAGUAAAACAAGUGGAAGAAUACAUGGCAUAUCGAAAAUUGCCUAGAGAUAUGCGACAAAGAAUAACAGAAUAUUUUGAGCACCGGUAUCAAGGAAAAUUCUUCGAUGAGGAGUGUAUUUUGGGUGAAUUGAGUGAAAAGCUUAGAGAAGAUGUUAUAAAUUACAAUUGUAGAUCUCUCGUUGCGUCAGUGCCUUUUUUUGCCAAUGCUGACUCCAAUUUUGUUUCCGAUGUUGUUACAAAGCUAAAAUAUGAAGUUUUUCAACCAGGUGAUAUUAUUAUAAAAGAAGGCACAAUUGGAACCAAAAUGUAUUUUAUACAAGAAGGUGUCGUGGAUAUUGUUAUGGCCAAUGGAGAGGUCGCAACAUCAUUAUCAGACGGUUCAUAUUUUGGUGAAAUAUGCUUACUAACAAAUGCACGGCGCGUGGCCAGCGUUCGGGCGGAAACCUAUUGUAACUUAUUCUCAUUAAGUGUGGAUCAUUUCAAUUGUGUUUUGGAUCAGUAUCCACUAAUGCGAAAAACAAUGGAGACAGUAGCAGCUGAACGUCUCAACAAAAUUGGUAAAAAUCCAAACAUAAUGACCCAGAAGGAUGAACAGAGUAAUAACCCCGAGUCCAAUACGAUCACUGCUGUUGUCAAUGCAUUAGCUGCUGAGGCUGAUGACUGCAAAGAUGAUGAUAACGAUCUCAAGGAAAAUCUGUUACAUGGAUCCCAAUCGAGCAUUAUUGAACCAGUUCAAACUAUAAGGAGAGGGCUUCCAAGGCCUAGAAGUGGUGAAUUUCGCGCACUAUUUGAGGGCAACACUCCAUGACACUAAGAAACAUAUGAAUUUGCUACAUUUUCGCUAUACAAAUAUCGUCAAAAAUACUCCGCUAACUGUGAUGACUAUAUAUAAGAAACGAAAUUCAAUUGAUUUCAUUACUCAAGCAAUACUAUAACGAUGACGACUCGUGCAGACCCAAUCUCCUUCAUUAAACAUAUUUAAACCUCAUGUACAGCAUGUUGUCUUUUUAUAAGAUUUUGUUUGAUAUUUAUUUAUUUUUAAUUUUAAUUUUUAGUUAAAAGAUUAAAUUUUGCAAGUUGUAUUUGUUAAAAAAAAUAUAUGGUAUUUUACUAUAGAAACAAUAAAUACAUGAAGGACAA